AUGGCAGGCACCGACGGCGAUCCCUUCGACUGGGAUGUCGACAAAGUCGUCCAUGAGCUGUGUGCCGUUGAUAGUCGCCCCUGGCUGCCCAGGCUAGCAACCAAGCGGCCCGAUCCAGCAGCUUUGUCGACAGCGCUGAUCGAAAACGACAUCGACGGUGAGACUUUGCUGACAUACGAGGAUGUCAUGCCGUCAAUCAAAGAUCUUUUGGAGACACUUGGUCUUUCGAAACCGGCACACCAGAUGACGCUUGUAAAAGCCAUCAAGUACCUCAAGUCCAAAAGCCCUGACUAUCAACAGUACAAAGUCGACUCUGCGAAGCAUGACCUCGACAUGCAGGGCAGCUCGCAAGAAGAUCGGAUCGACUCUACGGGGGAAGCUACACCUCCAACCACAGAUCAUCCCGCAGAAAGCACUCGGCCUCGAGAUGUGCCGAUGCCUGAUACACCACAGCAGUCGCACUCUCUCACUUCUGAGCCACACACCUUCAACUCUGUCGUUUCGGGAUCCAGCAACCUCACAGCCUCAUCUAAGCCUGACGAGGCCCCUGACGGACCGCUACAAAAGAAGCGGAAGAUAGCACCAGUCUUGAUUUCUACGGAUGUUACUGGAGCAGGCAUCUCGUCUCUACCCAAUGCCGCCAGCGGUGUUACGCUGCAUUUCCCUCGCAGAAUACACACGGAACCGGUUGAUCGUCCCGCCUCGAACCAUGCUGCUACCCCUGGACCCACCACAAAGUCAAAAGCCGAUACGCCAGCUUGGCUGGACAGCUCACCGGGUGCUUAUUUCGGGAGGAACUCGCUCAUCACUGCGGACUGGGUACCGAAAUCGAGCGUCUUCUUUCACGAAAAUGAGGUUCUCGAAGAGAAUCAGCCCGUCGAGCUGGCUUACCAAGCCAUGGUACCGGCAGGAAAGCGCGUUCUGGAUCUUUACACUCAUAGUCUCAUUCCUCCAGGCAAUCGUCGUCAAAUAGGCCGAGCUAUUCGACGGCUUCAUUUGAGGAACAACAAAUCCUACAACUUGCUCAGAAAUGGCAUCCAUCCCCAGAUUGAGCCCGAAGACGAUGACGAUGAAAUUCUUCCCGCCUUUGGUGACUCGGAUAUCGAUGAGGAGUACGAUUCAGAUACCUUGCGGGAAAUGGAAGACGAAGAAGAGCAAGUGCGACUUGAGAAGGAACGGAAAUCGCACAACCUCACCCGAGAAGAAGUCAACCGAGUGAUUGAAGAAGAGAUUCUGCACAUGGAAGCAGCCUGGGAAGAACGAAAGUUGCCUGGCAAGCAAAGACGAGCAAAGGCGAUCUGGAACCAAGCACGCCGACGCGGUCGCCACCACUUGAUUGCUCAAGCGUCGUCGCGAGUGGAUAAUUUCAACGGUCGAAUCGAAAGACUCUGUAACGAGAUGCGCCGCGACGAAUGGCAGAACGAGGCUCAACUGAGAAGGCAAGUGUGCUGUCUCGAGGCCACCGUUCACGACCGCAAAGCAGAUAGGUGGCUUCUCAACAUCCUGCGAGGUCCAGAACCACCCGGUCCCGAAACUAUGCCGAGGCUCCUACCUCCACCACCUCGGCACGAACUCUUAUCGGAUGAGGAUGGCGAGAUCAUUUCAAGCGAUGAAGAUGAUGGUUUCAUCAUCGACGAUAUGAAGGGCGUUACGUUCUCUCCUGAACCAGAAGGGAUCCGACAAUCAACCCCUAUGGACUUAGAUGACCCUGGCGAGUCAGCGCAACUCGAACGCCCAGGCCCGUCAGCACCAGCAAAUGGGUUGAUCACGAAGACUCCUGUUGCAGCUCCUAAUUCCGAUGUCAUCGAUUUAACGGGGUUCGACUCUGAACCGGUCUCCGAAAAACGGCGUAUCAACAUUAACCUCAUCACACCCACCAAGUCAAAAGCCUUGCGGCCGAGUACCGAGGUCGACGACGAUGAUCCGGAACAUGUCCCCGAGGAAGAAGACUACAACUUUCCCUUCGACCAGCAAGCGGCCAUCGCUGCUGUUCCGCCCGUCAUCUGGAAGGACCGCAAAGAUCGCGAGCGACUCCUGAUUUGUAUCCUCUGGAACCUCAAAAAGAAGGAUCGAAAAGCCGUAUUCUUCAAGUUUAUCCGCACGUUAAGUUCUGAUCAGAUUUGGGAAGAGGUUAUGAUCCCGGCAUUGUCUCAUGGUGAUGCUGAAGAAACCGAACCAACUCAAAAAAACUGGGCCGAAGCAGGCAAUAUGAUGGCUCGAUUGUUCAGGGUCUAUGAGUUUUGCAAAGUGGAAAGACUAGGAGCAAGCAUGUUCAAGAAGCUCCCUGCUGGAAGGGCCAAGAAGUUGAGUUCACAAUCUGCCAACUUCGAAUCUUUCUGCGACUUUGUGAGAGAACACAUCGCACCCUACUUCGUGGAGCAACACGACCCCAGUCCUGAGAACUCCGAUCAGUUUACAGAUGGCGACAUCGAGGACAGCCCGUCUCAGACACGGAAGAAACUUGUUCUGGAUCAAGCAGCCAAAGAUCUCAGAGAGAACGAUAUGCAACGCUUGCAAGAACAGGAAAAACGACGAAUCGAGCUGCGUAAGAAGUUGGCCGCGUCAGACCUCAUCUCAAGUGACAAAUCGCGCUUGAUCAUCAACGAAUCCAAGCAAGACGACCAAGGCUUAAUCUACGUCAACGAGGAUAUCGGCAAACGUAUCAAAGACCAUCAAAUCCAGGGCGUUCGCUUCAUGUGGAAUCAGAUCAUCUGCGAUCCCAAGGCGCGACAAGGCUGUCUUCUAGCUCACACCAUGGGCCUCGGAAAAACAAUGCAGGUUAUCACACUCCUUGUCGCCAUCGCCGAGGCAGUCAAAUCCGACGACGAUUCGAUUCGCUCGCAAAUCCCAAAGGACUUGCGGCAGUCGAAAACCUUGGUUUUGUGCCCUUCUCUUCUGGUCGAUAACUGGAUGGAUGAGUUGCUGAUGUGGGCGCCUUCUGGCCUCCUUGGUCACUACUUCAAACUCGAGGCUGUGACAAGCAAGGGCGACAGACUUCCUAUGAUUCGACGAUGGGAUCACGACGGCGGAGUCAUGGUCAUUGGCUAUGAUUUGUUCAAGAGAUUGAUCGAACACCCGGACGAGGACCAGCCACAGAAUGAUACUGGCAAAAACGCGUGGGAGAUUCUGACGCAGAGCCCCAACAUUGUUGUUGCUGACGAAGCCCACAAAAUGAAAAACGCGGAGUCAAAGCUUGCCUCGGCUGCUUCGCACUUCAGAACUCACAGCCGCAUUGCGCUGACCGGCUCUCCGCUCGCAAACAGUGUUGAAGAGUUUUACUCCAUGAUCGACUGGGUGGCUCCUCGUUACUUGGGACCUCUUGCAGAAUUCAAGACAUUAUACAGCAUUCCGAUCCAGAGCGGCCUGUACGAGGAUAGCACAUACUCCCAGUUUCGUGCGGCGAAGAGACAGCUUUCCGUGCUUGAGAAGACUGUCGCCCCCAAAGCACAUAGGGCUACUGUCAAGAGCCUGAUGAAGAACGAUCUUCCUCAGAAGACGGAGUUCAUUCUCACCGUGCCACUCGAGGCUCUGCAAGCCCAGCUGUACGACGAUUACAUCGGCUCCAUGAAGGUCGAACUCGCCGGACAGGGCACAAAGGUGCUCUCGAGUAAUCACCAUCUUGCUCUUAUCGUCAACCACCCACGCUGCUGGUACAAUAAACUCACCGAGGAGCGCAACAUCAUGAACGGGAAAGGCAGCAUUAGAAGCGCAUCCAACAUCACGUUGUCUCACAAAAUGAUUAGCACCGGUCUGAAGAUGAUGUCUCGCCCGAAGACUGAUAUAUCGUCACACAUGUUGUCGUGGAAGACCCGACUGCUCGUGGCCAUACUGGAUGAGAGCGAGAAAGUAGGCGACAAAGUUCUCAUCUUCACGCACUCCAUUCCAGCCCUUGAUUUGCUGGACAGUCUCUUCCGCCAGCAGAGACGAAAGAUUGCGCGUCUGGACGGUUCAACGCCGAUCAACCAAAGACAGCAGCACAUCAAAAAUUUCAACACUGGAGACACUCAGAUUUAUCUAAUCUCUACGACUGCUGGCGGAGUCGGAUUGAAUAUUUUUGGUGCCAACCGAGUAGUCCUGUUCGACUUCAAGUACAAUCCCGUUCACGAGCAACAAGCCGUGGGACGAGCGUACCGAAUUGGCCAGCUCAAGCCAGUAUAUGUGUACAAAUUCCUCAGUGGCGGCACAUUUGAAGCAGCAAUGCAUAACAGGGCUGUCUUCAAAACUCAGCUCGCAUCUCGUGUGGUGGACAAGGAGAAUCCAAAGCGGUGGUCGAAAAAGGACAAUGAAUACCUCAAAGAUCGCGAGGAGCCUGCCCAACAAGACUUGAGUCCUCAGCUGGGCAAGGACGUCGUUCUGGAUCACUUGCUGCUGGACCCCGAGCUCGUACAGGGUAUUCGCAGCAUCGAGACGACAGACACAUUCGAAGAGCAAGAUCCGGAUGACGUUUUGACACCCGAGGAUAAGAAAGACGUGGAAAAUCAAGUUCGCAUGAAUUCUCUACGCAUCACCAACCCUGCGGAGUAUGAAAGGCUGGAACAAGAGAGACUCCGCCGCGUCAUGUCAUAUACGACUGCUGGAGUACCCAAUCAAACCGCCGGGCCAGCUCAUGCAACCGAGACGGCGGUGCCUUUGCCCCAGGUUCCGACGGCUCAAUUGCCGCAGCUGAAUCCAGGUCUCCGGCAACGACCAGUUGGCGUUCCACCACACACGGUGACACCUUCAGGCCAGCCUGUGCAAGCUCACCUGGGCAGAGAUACCUCACAGAGUGUAGCCGAUCAAGAGCUACGACCCGAUCGACAAGGUGCUCAGUCUCUCAGCGCGACAAACAAUGAGUCAGUAGAGGCAACUUCCAACCCAGAGACGCACCAUUCGCCAGAAGUCCCAGUAGAGCACCGGGGUGUGCCGCCCAUGCCCAUGGCUGGUGCCAAUACACACUUCAGAACGGCAGAGGUUCCGCCACCAAUUGCGUUACAGGGUUCUACCGCAGCUGCUCAAAACGGACCAAAGUCAACGCGGAAGACGCCUAAGAGGCCAUCAUCUGAGAUUGACUGGGCACUUCAGUUUGAGGAGAAGAUAUUUGAGGCGCUCCAAAAAGUUACCGACCCGGAGGUGCUUAAGAAAUUCACAGGAGACCAUCAUGAGUUCGCGAAACGGAUUGCCCAGUCAACUUGGCAGGUCAGAUUGGAGAAGAACGAUGGCCCUCUGCCGGACGCAAGCCACAUGAAAACGCUAUGCGGUAUGAUGGCAAGCCACAGGUUCGCCCUGGCGGUCUUGACCGGGUUUCUGGCACCGGCACAACUCGCCCUCGCCCCGACAUUCAGCGCUCUAGAGGGCAUGGAGCAGGAGCUGGCACUGUUCACCGAGGAAGAGUUCCGCGAGACUUUGGGACUGGGCAGUCACAGUCCCGAAGACCACAACGUAUGA